GGAGCGGCGGCGGGAUGAGCUCGGUGCCGGGGCUGCAGGCCGACUGUGAGGAGCUGCUCGGCGCCUUCCAGGAGGCCGAUACCGUCCGCUUCGAGCGCUUCGCCGAGCUGUGGCGGGAGCGCCGCUUCCAUACCAUCUUCUAUGGUAGAAUAAGAGCUCUGGAGAGGAAUAAGCUCACAAAGAAGACUUUAGAACUGGCACAGCAGUACUUCUUGCCCCCGUACGCUUUCCAGAUUCGAGUUGGUGCUCUCUACCUUUUGUAUGGGCUCUAUAGUACACAGCUUUGCCAGCCAAAACAAAAGAUCAGAAUCGCGCUGAAGGAUUGGCCUGAAAUCCAGAGAUUUCAACAGGAUCUGAUAGACUCCCAGCAUUAUGAUGCAGCGUACAUCUUCAGGACACUGCGACUUGCCAGAGCAUUCCAUUUUACAGCAAUGCCAAAGCUACUGAACUACCGAACUAAGAAGAAGAUUCAGGAAAAUGAAUUCAAAGAAGAAUUUAAGGACCCAAGUAACAGAGUAAACAACCUCAUCACUAAUGAUGUAUUGGAGGAACUGAUGAAUAUUCACGACCACUAUCAGAAAAUGAAGUGUGUCAUUUCAGCUGACAAAUCCCAGCCAGACAAGGCACUGAGCUUGAUAAAAGAUGACUUUGUAGUUACUCUUAAAGACAUAACUUUGGAACAUCAGGAAUGGCAGCAAAACAGAAUGAAAUUAUUCCUAAAUGCCAAAGAAAGUGAUGAAAUACCAAGCAAAAAGGAAGAAGGGACUUUGCUAGAAUCAGAGGGUUCUGAAAGAGCAAAUGCACUGGCUAGAAUCAAGUACAGGUCUUACUCUGCAGUUGUUGAGGCUUCCAAAUCCAGAAGACAUCGUCAAGUAAAAUUAGAAUCUUCUGAAUCGGGAUCAAAUUAUGGGAAAUCUCCAAGCCGAAGUAAAAAAAACAGUAGGAGACCACAGCCAGCAAGAAGAGAUUCUUUGGAAAUCAAAGGUGAAAUGCAAGUGGCAAAGGAAACUGUUACUCGGCAUAUUGGGAUGCCUAUAAUCACAGAAGAGAAUUCAGAUGAAGAAGAAGUAUCUCUCCCCAAGAGGAAAAGAAGAUGUUAGAGGAUCCAGUUGGAGAAGCACUAAUGUUAAUUUUAAUGACAAAACAUAAAUGUCAGAGGUAACACAAAGUUCUUGUCUUGGAUGCCUUUGAAUGUACAGCAAGAAGUGUCUGGGACCAGAACCACAGGUGAUACUGGAAUACUGGUAGUGACUGGUAUACCUUAACUGUCUCAUGAUGGUGCAGUAUCUGGUGCCUUUAUUCGCCUGGUGAAUGCUUUUUGUGGGAGACAAAGUUGCUGUUCCCUGUUUGAGAUGGAAAGAGAAGAUGGUUGUUUGUUGUAUUUAGCUUGUACAAUGUGAGUUAUCACUUGGAACUCAUGUUGAUGUGCAAUGAUGGUUUUAGCUGAGACUGUUAAAAGAACAGCUCACAAAAUAUUUGCCCAUAUGAGAGACAUGUUUGUAAUCUUUUAUCUCUGAACAUAAAAUUAAGGUUACUGACUGUUGAAAAUUAGUACAAUAAAUUAUUUUCCACACUGUACUUGCUCCAUUGUAUAGUGCGUAACUUCAGCAAUGUUUAUCAUGGUUUGAUCCCACAGGUGUGGGAAAUGAACUUGGUGAUGAGUCUUUUAUUGUACUCUGUCUCCAGCAGAUCUGGAAUCAUUGUGUAUUCAAAUGAGGAAAUGUAAAGUGCGUUUAUUAAUUCUGCAGAUGACCUUAAGCUCUACAAGGGCAGGACUGGAAUUCAAAAUGGUCUUUAUAAAUUGGAGACGAGUGGAAGAAGUGGGGGUGGAAAUAGACAUGAAGCUCAGUACUGAAAACAGGUACAGGAUGGGGAAAUGAUUGCUAGGCAACAGUACUGCAGAAAAAGCAAACAGACUGAGAAUCAUAAGCUGGAGUAUUUUCUGUAAACAAUAACAAGCGCUAGAAUUCAAGUCAUUCAGCCCUGAAAGGCUGUAGCCUUAAAUACCCCUGUCUGACCACAACAAUUCAAGACAAAUGUGGAUAGUUAUUCUCCUUGGUAUUUUCUCCAGUUGAUGAUAGCCGUACUAUCAAGAAUGGCUGAAGGAGUUGAGGUGUCCUCUACUACAAGAAGAAAUAUAAAAUAGAAAUUUGAAAGGUUUUGA